AUGGGCGACUGGUCCAUACUUGGUCGCUUUCUGUCUGAGGUACAGAACCAUUCUACAGUGAUAGGCAAGAUCUGGCUCACCAUGCUGCUCCUUUUUCGUAUUCUGCUGGUAGCCUUGGUGGGUGACGCCGUCUACAUUGAUGAGCAGUCUAAGUUCAUCUGUAACACCCAGCAGCCUGGAUGCAACAACGUGUGUUAUGACACCUUCGCUCCUGUUUCACAUCUGCGGUUCUGGGUUUUCCAAAUUGUGCUCGUCUCCACCCCAUCCAUUUUUUAUAUAGUUUUUGUUCUGCAUAAGAUUGCUAAAAAUGAGAAGUUGGAUGGUCACAGUGCACAGGUAAUGGCCCAGAGGCCUCCCAAACAGAGCUGUAGGCAGAUGACAAAGGAUGGCAUGGAGGCCCUGAGGGUAGGCAUGCCCACCUACUGUCCUCAUUACAGGGAGGUAUGGGAUGUGAAGGAGAGGGAAGAAACAGAACAAAGCUUUCUGGAGGAGGAUUAUGGCAAACUAGGUGAGGACCCCACCCAGCAGUCUAACCAGGUUCUGCUUAUCUACAUCCUUCAUGUGUUACUACGAUCUGUCAUGGAGAUCACUUUCCUGGUCGGCCAAUACUUCUUGUUCGGGUUCGAGGUCCCUCACCUAUAUCGCUGUGAGACCUAUCCUUGCCCUACUCGCACAGACUGCUUUGUUUCACGUGCCACUGAGAAGACCAUCUUCCUGAAUUUCAUGUUCAGCAUCAGCCUAGGCUGCUUUGUGCUCAAUAUUGCAGAGCUUCACUACCUGGGCUGGGUCUACAUUUUCCGUGUCCUCUGCUCAGCCUGCUCUACCUGCUGCAGCCAGGAGAGGGGCACUGUCAAACUGUACUCAAAACACAACCCCCUUUUAUUGCAACUCAGGCAUUCUCUGAGGGGCCAGCUGGUUCUGCAGACUCCCACAGCCAUGACUCAGGAGAGGACAGAAGGUCUGCUUACACAUGCCCCGGCUAUUUCCUUUGAGACAGACUCAACUGUGGAAUGUACCUCCAAGAGAAGUCCAGAGAGCAGAGACAAAGUGAAGGUCAAGCUGGCCAACAUGGCCAGGCUAGGACGGACAAAGAAGUCUUGGCUAUAA